AAAAAAAAAAAAAAGGAUUAAAAUAAAUAAAAACCUGAACGAUGCGCCUGACAUGCGAAACUCAGGGCAAAGGGGAUUUGUGAUGGAUUUGUGACGUCAUCCGGGAGCGACUGAACCGCACAUGGCAAUCCGAGGAAGUUUUGAGGACAAUUUCUGAGGUAGAGUAAAUUAUCUGCUCUCAUAAAAAUAACGCGAAUAUCAACAAUACGUCGUAUUUGGUUGUUUCAUAUAAACAGAAUAUUAUUAGCACAUCAGCUCUCACAGCGAGCACUUGAGUCGAACAGGGACUAAAAUUUUAGCUUCGUGUGUUGCGCGUUAGCAGAAAGCUAAAGUAGAAUCAGGACUUUGGUGUUGGUUGUUUGUGCUGUUUCAAAGUUGUAACCUGCUGUUUUGUAAAUUUAUAAUACAGAUGUUUAAAGCAUAUUUCUCUUUGCACAUGAGCCCCAUAUUAAAAUAGACAAAACGGAUCGAUAUAUUACAAUAUAUAUAUCUGUUAACUAUAAUAAUAAUAACAACUUUAUUUGAGGCUAAAAUUGGAGUGAUGUGACGCCGUCUACACUGUUGUCUCAAAGAUCACCUAAACUCUUCCCUGUCUCUGCCUUAUUCACUCACAUUUCACAGGCUUAGCAUGGCCCGGCAGUGGUCUGACGGCCACUCCUCAUCCAUCCUGUGUGUUGGGGCGUCUCCAGGUCCUGAGGGUCUCCUGGCUUCGGGCUCUGAAGGUGGAGAGGUCACCCUGUGGAGCCAAGAGGGAACCAUUACCGGACGCCUCAGACUUUCCAGCGAAGAUGAUUGCACCAGUGUUGUGUUUGCAGCUGGGGCUCAAAGUCUGUAUGUAUCACACGGAGAGGCUGUGAGUCUACUUGACCCCCGAAACCUUAAGGGCCCGGUGGAAGAGUUUCAGGGUGCAGGAGAGGAGGAGAUCAACGCUUUAGCACUAAAUGAGAGCGGGUCAGCCCUGGCAGUGGCUGAUGACUCUGGGGCAGUUCGGGUACUGGAGCUCCCAGGGGGGAAAGUAUGCAGGACUCUUCGUAGACACACGAACAUCUGCUCUUCUGUGGUGUUUAGACCACACAGGCCAAAUAACCUGCUGUCUGCUGGACUGGACAUGCAGGUAAGACAGAUGGGAGACUAAGGAUUAGAAAAUCUGUGCUAGCAUGUCUUCUUUGGUUGAUGUGUCUGUCUUGAGAGUAAUUUGCUUCAUUAUUUGUUGCUUCAGGUGAUGCUGUGGGGUCUACAAAAGACACGUCCCUUAUGGACCAUCAACCUCCAGGAUAUAGCAGAAGAAGAAGACGGCCAUCAGCCCCAACCUGGUCAACUUUUCAACCCACCCCUAGCCCACUGUGUAUCUGUGGCGGGUUGUGGAAACAUUGUGGGCUGUGCAGCAGAGGACGGACGGGUGCAUCUCAUGAGGAUUGGCAGCGGCUCUAAACUGGAACAGCAGGGAAUUAUCAAAGCCCACAGCCAGGGGGCUUCACAAGCCCACUUUGUUAGUUUCCUUCCUCACCCUUACUGGCUCGUCACUGGUGGGAAUGACGGCCAGGUCGCCCUGUGGGACCUCAGUAAGCACCCAGUCGUAUCUUUGGAUGCAAAAGCUAAAGUGGCCGCAGCUCCUCGCAGGAAGAACAAGAGCAAAGGAAAGAGGAAAGAGCAACCCAGAGACAAAGCAAAGAUGCCACCGAAGACUACAGCUGAGAAAGAAGCAGCUGAGGGGGAGGGUGAAGAGGCAGAGGCUGCAGGUGCAGAGGGGGUGACAGAAGAGAAGUCUGGACCCAAACUGAACAUUGAUCACGGAGACAAGGUGAACUGGUUGUGCCCUGCAGUGCUGAAAGGAGAGCCUUGUGUAGUGGUUGCAGAUCAGAGCUCCAGUCUUUCAGUCUACCCUCUGUCUCCACUAUAGAACCCUGCACUUCAUUACAAACUGUUUCUUUCGCUCUGGCUAAUAACAGCAUGCUACUUUGAAUAUACCUUAUUGUGGGUUUAAAGACAUUUUUGGCAGUUUUACACCGAUUAUUUGGAUUUUGGACGACUUAGUGACUUGAUUAUCACCACAGUGAGUGGGGUCUAUCUCUCCUUUAAAAUAAAUCUGAACUGUGAAACAGAAACCAACAGUACUGCCUCCCUAAACAAGCAAUCUUUGCAGAAAUAGACAAAUUGUUGAAUGAGUUAAGAGUAAUCAAGUUGGAUUUGGCUAACCAGGGCAUUUGCAUGCGUGGCCCUUUUAGAAAUCAGUAGAAAUGUUUUGGGGGUAAAAAGUAUUUAAAGGGAUAUUCUGGUGUAAAAUUAAUUUUAGGGUCAGACACACCGAAACACUGAGUUCCUUGAGCUGUGUCACCCCACUGCAGUCCGUAAUGGAAUGGCUUGAGGUCUCACUACAAGCGGGUGCUGGAAGAGUGUAGGUGAGUUGUGUUUAACCUCUUUGCUUAAGAAAAUAGGCAAAGUUAAGAAGAUGUUUGGUUGCUGGUACUAUGGCUAGGACCCUGUAUGUACUGUUGAUGAAGUUAGGUGCUGUUCUGAGCAUUAUAUGUGGCUAUAGAGUGGCGUUUUGGAUGAGAUUUGUUUAUGGCUCCUCAGACCGCUGUGUAUUGCUAUCCUGCAGUCAUUACUAAAGUUGAUAUAACUAAAGAAACAAGCGGUCGGCAACAUUCAUCUCUCGUUGGGGGUGUCUAACUCUGUGUUACGGUGUGUUUGACCCUAAAUUAAUUUUACACCAGAAUUUCCCCUUAAGCCUUGUGAAGCUACCACACCAGACCAUGAAAGAAAUGAACCUGAGGAUCUUGAAAUAAAGCACAAAAAUCCCAAUCUAAUCCAGAUUAAAGACAGACUAUGGGCAAACUGA